UGCAUUUACACACAACAGACGUCGGCCAAUACAAGCAUCAACAUGAUUGUGAUUUUGGUGUUCUUGAUAGUUGCCUGUUCCUCGGCCGUUCCUACGUCAACGUCCCUCAAAGAAAGGUACUGUGAUGCCCCUUCAAGCCUGGCCUUAGUAUACAACCUGAACGAAAAAUCUGUCGUUUACAGCACACCCGAGGCGACCAGAUUUUUAAAGAUCUGGUCGAACGACAUUCUCAACAAAGAUGAUUUUCUUGUCUUACUGGGAGACAUGUGUCGAUCCCAAUCUCUGACGUUUGCGUGGCUUUUACAACAGGCAGAGAACGUUUGUCCUCAUCCUCAUCAAAUCAGAAGUCUUGUUGAGCCUAGCGGAGUCAUAUGUUACCAAAAUGGCGACGUGACCGAUCUCACUAAGAAAGCCCUCAAGUCCUUUGUGAGAGUAAACAAGUCAGCCGAAUGCGAGGCUUCCCUGACGAGGAUACAGAGUAAAUGCGAGCUGGACGCUUUGUUUAACGUGGUGGUCCCCUUGGUUCCCAAGGAAACGAUGGCCACACGUAUUGAAGCUCAGACAAGAAGAAACCUGGCCGCCAUUCGGUGUACCCUAUCCAAGUUGGGAAGUCUUGCACCGGCUUGUGGAAGUGUGAAAGACCUUCGGAUAUACCAGCUUGUGUCGGAGCUUAUACAGAAACAGCCAUUUAAGCUCCGAGGCGACGUGGAUUUUGAAACAUUUUCUGACGUCAUGACUUAAACAUAUCUUUCAACUUAGACUUCAACAUUGCUUUGUCUAAUCUUUGAAACAGGAUGAAAUCUGCAUUAAAAAUUAGUUGACUAAAUCUUUACUCCAUAAACAUAUAUUAUCCAUAAACAGAUUGAUCGCGUCAUCCUUAAACACUCAUUUUCCUCGCAUGAUAAGUUUUUUGUCGCGUGCAAUGAUAUUGAUGUUCCGCAAUCUAGUAAAAGUUGUUAAUAAAU